AUGGGACAUGGAACCCUCAUCCACGACCGCCCCGAGUCAGUGGCGCGCACCCAUGUAAGCCUCCUUGUUGGCGCCAACGCCACCCAAUGGUCUGAUGCUGCGUGGAACUCUAAUUGCCUCAAUCCUCUUGGCCACAUCACCAUAAUUUACCCCGAGCCAUCAUCAGUCACCCACACAAGACAUCAUAUUCCAUCUAAACCUGCAACAAAAAAAUUAAAAGUAUCAACUUUAUGUGCUGAAUCACCAGUAGGCCUCCUCCAGUACAUGCCAAACCAGGAAAAGAGCGAAGAAAAAACAGUACAAAAACCAAGUACACCGAAAUUAGUACUCAAAACACCAGCAAUCCAAAACAACGAAUUCAAACAAAAAAUGCAUUUAUCCAUUAAACCCCCAUCAAUCACUUCAAAUGGCCAUACGAAAUCACAUAUCCAUAGCAUGAGAGAACUCAAGCAGAGCAUUGAAAGCAAGUUAUUCAGCAAAGAGGAAAGUGAGGUACAGACCUGCUUCAGUACAUCGUCGCCGUGCUCCAACGGACUUCAAAGGCUGUCAAAUGCAGAGCCGCUCGAUGCUCUCCGUCGCCGGGCUGCAGUUGUAAUACGCCACCUCUGUCACAGAGCCGCCGGCCACUGUACAUUGUAG